AUGGCGGACAACCGUAAAGUUUUCUUUUUCGACAUAGAUAAUUGCUUGUAUUCCAAGAACAAGAAAGUGCAUGAAUUGAUGGGCGAUUUGAUCGACAAAUACUUCGAAACUCAUCUGUCGUUGUCACGAGAAGAGGCCAACGAACUGCAUACGCGGUACUACAAAGACUAUGGGCUUGCCAUUGAGGGUCUUGUACGCCACCACAAGGUCGAUGCACUAGAGUACAACGAGAAGGUCGACGAUGCACUGCCACUUGAAGAUAUCAUGUCACCUGAUCCGAAGUUGCGCAAGCUGCUCGAGGACCUUGACACAUCAAAAGUGAAGCCUUGGCUCUUCACAAAUGCCUAUAUCAACCACGGUCGACGAGUUGUAAAGCUCUUGGGCGUCGAGGACAUGUUUGAAGGCAUCACCUACUGCGACUACUCAGCCGCCAAGUUCCUUUGCAAGCCGUCACCCGACAUGUUCAAGAAAGCCAUGGCCGAGGCUGGUGCAAAAUCCGUUGAAGAUUGUUAUUUCGUCGACGACUCUGCUAUCAAUGCGGCCGGUGCAACCAAGUUAGGUUGGACUGCCGCCCAUUUGGUAGAACCAGGAGUCACUGCGCCUGUGGCACAGGUUUCCAAAUACCAGAUAAGCAAUCUUGAAGAACUUAGGAACAUCUUCCCUGAGUGCUUCAAAUCGACCCAAUAG